GACUCAUCUUUCUCUAUUUCUUUCACACAGAGAUGAGAGUAAUGGAACCCAAUUUAGUGGCUAACAAUAAUAAACCCCAUGCUGUAUGCAUACCAUACUCAGCACAAGGUCACAUAAACCCUAUGUUAAAGGUAGCAAAACUUCUUCACUUCAGAGGCUUUUACAUAACCUUUGUCAACACUGAGUACAACCAUAAACGCUUGCUCAAAUCCAGAGGCUUAGACUCCGUUGCCGGCUUGCCGGACUUUUGCUUUGAAGCUAUCCCUGAUGGUCUUCCUGUGAGUGAUCACGGUAAUAACGAUGACACAACACAAGAUAUUCCUUCUCUUUGCGACUCUACUUCAAAGAACUGUCUAGUCCCAUUUCGGAAUCUGCACAAGAUCAAUGACAGUACUUCUUCUUCUUCACCUGGGAAGCCGCCGGUGAGUUGUAUCUUUGAUGAUAUAGCAGCCGCUAUUCUUGAAGAAGAAAAUCGACGAAGAAACAAGGAAGACAAGCAGGCAAGUUCACAACAAGUGGAAGCCUUGAUGGUGAUGAGAGGGAGAUCAACAGAACGUAGUCCAAGUGGGAGUCACAAUCAUUGUAGAUCAAAAUCAAAGAGGAAUGUGGCAUGCACUUCGGAUGAUGGAAAUGUAUUAUGCUGUGAAGUAGCAAUAUCAACUGAACCUAUCUUAGGAGGAUCUGUGUAUAGUUGUGAAGAUAAUGCCUUAAAGAUUAUAGGCAUUGGAACUAUCAGGUUGAAGAUGCAUGAUCGCACUAUUCAAGGAGUGCGACAUGUGGAAGAUGACAUGUUGGUAGCAGGCCCCAACAAAGAUCAUAUUGAAGAACUAAAGGCACAGUUGGCUAGGGAAUUUGAAAUGAAGGACUUGGGACCAGCAAACAAGAUUCUAGGGAUGCAAAUUCAACGAGACAGAAACAAUAGGAAGAUUUGGCUUUCUCAGAAAAAUUAUUUGAAGAAGGUCUUGCGACGCUUCAAUAUGCAAGAUUACAUUGCACAUGCAGUGGGAGUAGUAAGUCGGUACAUGGCGAAUCCUGGUAGAGAGUAUUGGAAUGCUGUAAAGAGGAUUCUAAGAUAUGUUAAGGUAACCUUAGAUGUUGCAUUAUGUUAUGGAGGAUCAGACUUUAUUAUCAGAGGAUAUGUUGACUCAGAUUAUGCAGAUGAAAGCUAUCUAACAAACGGGUUCCUAGAAACUACCAUAGACUAGUUUCCAGGUAUGAGAAAUAUCAGAUUAAAAGAUCUUCCAUCUUUCAUCAGAACUACUGAUUCAAAUGGCAUAAUGCUCAACUUUGUACCAAAUGAGAUAUCAAAAAUUCCAAGAGCUUCUGCACUCAUUUUAAACACAUUUGAUUCUCUUGAACAAGAUGCUUUACAAGCUCUCUCAUCAAUCUUUUCUUCUGUUAACCUUUAUAGCAUCGGUCCGCUUCACGUGCUCUCCGAUGAUCAGAUUCCAGGCCAUGAAAUGAAAAGAAUAGGUUCAAAUCCUUGGAAGGAGGAUCCUGAAUGCAUUAAAUGGCUUGAUUUGCAAGAGCGUAAUUCUGUUGUAUAUGUAAAUUUUGGUAGUAUAGCAGUAAUGACCCCUAAUCAACUCAAUGAAUUUGCUUGGGGACUAGCAAAUAGCAAAAAACCAUUCUUAUGGAUAAAAAGGCCUGAUCUUGUAAUUAGUGAAUCUGCUGUUCUUUCGGCCGAAAUCCUGAUAGAAAUAAAGGGUAGAGGAAUAUUGGCAAGCUGGUGUCCGCAGGAACAGAUGUUGAAACAUCCAUCAAUAGGAGUGUUUUUGAGUCAUAUGGGGUGGAAUUCCACGAUCGAAAGUUUGUCUGCUAGUGUUCUAUUGCUUUGUUGGCCAUUUUUCGCCGAGCAACAGACUAAUUGUAAGUAUGCUUGCAAUGAAUGGGGUAUUGGAAUGGAGAUAAAUGACAAUGUUAAAAGAGAGGAAGUUGAGAGUUUGGUAAGAGAGUUAAUGGAAGGUGAAAAAGGAAAAGAAAUGAAAAAGAAGGCAAUGGAUUGGAAGGCUAAAGCAGAAGAAGCAACGAAACCUGGUGGUUAUCAGAACUUUGAGGAAUUUCUUGCAGUUCUGAAAAACAAGCAAAUGAAUGGAAAAGGUAAAUUAGAUUGAUCUAUGUUAAAGUAAAAGAAACAAUCAUUCACUAGUUCCAUGUAGUUUCAUAUUGUUUCCUUGAUGUUUUCAACAUGGUCAAAUUCAAAACUAUUGCUUAGUUAUUUUUCUGAGCAAAGGCCGCA